GCUAUGUGGUAAAGUGGUAAUGCAUGAAACGCACCGGAACGUACUAGCAACAUUCUAAUGGGUUGCAGGGAGAAUAGACUCAUAUGGCCAUCAUUUCAUUUCAUUCCUUGGCGAUUCAGUGCAUGGAUAGGCUGCCGUUGAAAUUUCUCCUUAGAUUUCAGAUGUUUUAAAUUUCAAUUAAGAUUAGAAUUUUAUACAAUACAUUUGGCUGAACUUAUUUCCCAUGAAAUCUUGUACAAGGGAAUUUCAACACUUGUUUUCACCACAAAUGCUCUUGCGGGUGUUCCUCAAUCGUUGUCAUUAUUUGCUCAGUGCGUCGAGAAGAAGAUGAACGAAACAUGUAAGGUAUUCAAUCAAGAGAUAAGGUUGGACAACGGCGACGACUGGGCUUUUCACUUGGUUAUCCUUUUUGACAUUAAAUACAAUGUUGUGAUACAUACACUGGCCGAUAUACAUGAAGGAUCAUCCAUAUUUCGCUGUGCCUAAUUUUUCACUAGAAGGGUGAUAUAGCCUGCUCUGACGUCUGCAUCAGAUAUUGUCCAUUGCAUUUUUUUAUGGACAUUUUUUCCUCACUGACUUUGAGUUGAGAGAAGCAAAUUUACAUCAUCAUCAGCAACAAAAGGGGAAUGAAUAUUUCUUUUUUCUUUUUUUUACCCACGCCUCCCCUUUCACCCCCAAACAUUUACAGCUAAAACAAAUUCUUAAACACAUCAUAGCCUACAUUGUGGAACAAUCUCUAGCGCCGGAGCAUCGCUGGAACCAUGCCUCUUCUGCAGGUUUGGACUGGGAAAUUGCAACUGCCAAUUUAAUCAACAAGACGCUGCUGUUCCUUAUCAGACGUCUCUCAUUUUUGCUGGACUUUUUCGUUUUUAAAGAAAAAGGCUUGUUAUCACUUUUUGAAAGUCUUGUGUAGGCUGUAAUGAGCAAGAUGUCGGAUCUUCUGGUGUUGGUUGAGGGGGUCUGUGACCUGCACGGAUUUCCAUAGCUUGGGAAAACAGCUUGGACCAAUUACGAGGUUUAACACGCAUUUUGUAUAAAGCCAUUACAUGACUAAAUGUAUCAUAUAUUUUUUUCCAGCAAUUUAUUUUAAUUGCUUUUUUUUACUUUCUUUUCACAAUUUUCUUUGGAGCACAAGCGGUUGGAUUAUUGAAACUAUAUAAGGAUUUGUGGAAAUGUUGGGUCCUCAAGAAGAUAAAUUAUGUGGAAUGUUCUCUGCUUUGGCGGCUCUGUCCUUCGUUUGCUUUGCUCAAAGCACCUCCACUGGACAAACCGGAAUAUCUGUGGCCAAGGCCACCGUGGACAAGUUGCUGAAGGGGUAUGACAUCCGUCUGAGGCCUGAUUUUGGAGGUGCCCCAGUCAUCGUAGGAAUGAGCAUCAACAUCGCUAGCAUUGACUCCAUCUCAGAAGUGAACAUGGAUUACACCAUCACAAUGUAUUUCCAGCAAAGUUGGCGAGACAAGCGGUUGGCAUACGCUGAGCUGCCCCUCAACCUGACUCUGGAUAACCGUGUAGCAGACCAGCUGUGGCUCCCAGACACCUACUUCCUCAAUGACAAGAAGUCCUUCCUGCAUGGCGUGACAGUGAAGAACCGUAUGAUUCGACUGCAUCCUGAUGGCACCGUGUUAUAUGGGCUCAGAAUAACCACCACAGCAGCUUGCAUGAUGGACUUGAGGAGGUACCCCCUCGACGAACAGAACUGCACCUUGGAAAUUGAAAGCUAUGGGUACACCACAGACGACAUAGUGUUCUACUGGCACGGAGGGGACAAUGCGGUGACGGGGGUGGACAAACUGGAGCUUCCCCAGUUCUCCAUCGUGGCGCUUCGGCUGGUGUCCAGGGAGGUCAGGUUUACCACAGGUUCCUAUCCCAGGCUAUCACUGAGUUUCAGGAUUAAGAGGAACAUUGGCUACUUCAUCCUGCAGACAUACAUGCCCUCCAUCCUGAUCACCAUCCUCUCCUGGGUCUCCUUCUGGAUCAAUUACGAUGCCUCUGCAGCUCGGGUGGCCCUUGGUGUUACAACGGUGCUCACCAUGACAACCAUUAACACCCACCUUAGGGAGACCCUCCCAAAGAUCCCGUAUGUGAAAGCCAUCGACGUCUACCUCAUGGGCUGUUUUGUGUUUGUGUUCCUGGCCCUGCUCGAAUAUGCCUUCGUAAACUACGUGUUCUUUGGCCGGGGCCCCCAGCAACAGAAGAAAAUCCACGAGCGGCUGAACAAAACCAACAACGAGCGCCCGCGAUACGAAGAGAAGCGCCUGAGAGAACAGGACUCCAUCGCCACGCCGUUUCAAACCAACACCCUCAGGUCAUAUACACAGAGAAGAAAUCUGUACCUCGAGGAGCAAAGAAAAGUUGGGGUGGACGCGUACGGGAACAUCCUGCUCACCACGCUGGAGAUGAAUAACGAGGUGAUGCCGUCAGAUGUGGGAAGUAGCGUCAGUGACUCCCGGAAUUCAGUGAUGUCAUUCGACAGCUCCGGGGUCCAGUUCAGGAAGCCCAUGGCUCCCCGGGACGGCUUCAGCCACCACUCACUGGACCGCAGCGCCAUGCGCAGCAGGGCCAACUGUCGGCUACGACGGCGCUCCUCCAAGCUCAAGCUGAAAAUCCCCAAUCUGGCAGAUGUCAGCACCAUUGACAAAUGGUCCCGGGUCCUUUUCCCCAUCAUGUUUGGAUUUUUCAACCUAAUCUACUGGUUGUACUAUGUGAAUUGAUGUGCAUCCCACUAGGAAUCAUGGGCCAUAUUUUGAGAGCACAUUAAAUUGGCUUUGAUACAGUUGGAAAAUAUGUAUACACAUAUACAAGUUGAUACAUACAGUAUGUAUAUGCAUAUUUCUAUAUAUUAUAUUUAUAUAUACACGUGUGUGUGUGUAAAUCUGAAGGACUUUUCUCCUGUAUAAAGUAUUAUUAGAAUGACUUGAAUGUUUAAGAAUAAUUUCAAGCCUUUGAGUUUCCUUUUCCUUGUGAAACAAACAAACUAGCAAAGAAACGAACGAACUAACAACCAUCAGAUCCCUUUGGGGGAUUUUGGAACUAAAGACUGCAUGAUAUUUUUGCUAAAAAAGAAAGCGAAAGCUCUUGAGAGAAGAGAUGUCUCAGAGUCUUAUUGGCUUUUUAUUGAUACUCCGUAAUCGGCGUCCUCUACUGCAGCUCAUCAAAUCAGGUGGCUCGUGUGUUCAGGCAUCGGCUGAGUCAAGUCCCUAAUAUCCAGCCCCCCCCAUUUCCCAUGGAUAACAUACACGGAAUUCUCCGGUUCGACUCUGUACAGCAACCUUGUUUGGAUUAUGUGUCGUUCCUUGGCUUUUUUUCGAGUGACGUUCUCUUUAUGGGACAUCAGCUCUGGUACAAUGCUGGUCUGCGUUUGGGGGGCCAUCAGGAUGGGUUGUUAGACCACUGCGUUCCUGCUCAGAGUCAGUGCAAACUUCUCUUCAUUUCUCUACUCAUGUUUGUUUUUAGAGCAGUUCCUUUGGGUAUUUUCAUUAUGGUUAUACAGAUGAUGAUUAUUGUAAUUAUUAUUUUGUCUUGAAAAUACUGUGCUUUUGGGAGUGUGUCACUUAACGAGGUUCUAGUUAGUGCAUUACUAGAAAAAAAGUCACAGGUAUGAAUUGCUCAUUUUGAUUGUUUGAAAAAUAGACAUAUACUGUACAUUUUGUAAUUCAGUAUCCUCAUGGACAUAGUUGGCAAAUAUAAUUGUACUUUUUCUUUACCAUCCUCCUAGUGCUUCACAUGCUCUGUAGAUACAGUAUAUAUUGCCUCAUAUUCAGCUCUGUGUUCUGUAAGGAAGAAACGAUACCUAGAAUGAACGAUUUGAAGUUAUUCCACUAUAAAAAUGCGAGAAACAAUAUUGUGUAUUAAAAAAGGGAUAUCGCCAUUGUUUAUUUGUUUGAGAGUGAAAUCAACAUAUCAGCCCAUAGUUUGACCUGUAGUUGAAUGUAACACUCUAUCACUGUAAAACAGUUUUCACCCCGAGAAUGUUGGGCACUGAUAUUAUAAUUCCUAUGAAACGUGCCUGUCUUAAAAUUCAAAUGGCCGUGUUCUCAAAUGUACUAUUUAGUAGCGGUUGUAGCGGGGAACGGGAUUAGAGGAAGAAAAAGAAUCAACCUAUUACAUCCAUUAGCUCUGAAAACACUGCAGACAUACCCACCCUUCAAAUGGGCUCUGAGGAUCACACCCCAAAGAUCAGAAACAUCAGCAGAAUCGGGAAAAAUUGUUUUUCAGUUUUUAGGGGCAAGACAAGAUGUGUGAUAAAUAUAGCCAUGAACUGAAUUGAGAACCAAAAAGGCCUAGAAUCCCCGUGUUAUUUUGGGGUUUUGCUCUUAAUGUCACUACAUUCCAUCUGCUCAGAUCCACUCACUAAUGAGAUGUCCACUGCAGAGUUGAUGCCAUGCCAUUUUGAUCCACACUGUACCUUUAAAGGACAACCUUGUUUUUCAUUAUUUGGUUCUGCCUAGAGUGAAGAGAAGAGCAAAUGCAUUCAUACAUUUAAACAGGCAUUUCAAUUUAAACUGGCGUUUACAGGCUAUCUCUGUGUUCAAACUAGUAUUGCAUUGAUUCAACAAUGCAAUGAAGCGCAGUGGAUUUGAAUAUUCAUGCUAAGGAAUGUCAAAUGUGGUUGUGAUUGAUACAUGCAGAGCGUUGUUGAAUCUACUGGGUUUGCAUGGUUAUCAAAUGACAUGGGGUGACAGAGGGAGGCAAAGUCGCAGGUCAGAUAGAGGGUAGCCAAACAAAGAGAUGGGGUCCUUUGGACGUACCAGAGGAUAGGAGAGGAGAGAAUGUUGAGAGCAUCACAGUUACUGCCUUGCACUUUGCAGGGACCAAUCUCCUCAGAACUCACUGAUGGGCUCCCCUAAGUUCCAAGAGCUUCUCUCUCCAACGUCUCCUUCCCCUGGCCGGUACCAGACAGGAAGGAAACGGACCUUUAACUGGGAGCCCCGGGCCCCAUGGAGGACUAGCACAGGACAGGAUGCACCACGGGGCAGAGAGAGAGGAGAGACAGAAAGACGGACAGAGAGCGAGAAACAGAGAUACAGAAAAGGAGAAAGAUCAUAGUGUGGAGCAAAGAAGAGAUCUUGGAUCCUGACGCUUUUUGCCCCAGUGAGUUGGAUCCCACUCCAAUGUUCUACCUGUAGUUGACUGUAAACGGAACUGUAUCUGGGAUACUGUAGCAUACUGUUGUCACUGGUUACAAUGUUACGCCACCAAUGACGGCUCGUCUCUGCAACACAUUUGAGAGAAAUGAACCAGAGUUUGCACUAAGUCCAACCUGCAAUGCCAGGUUAUACUACAGCAGAAAAUGAAGCAGUACAGUGUAGCUAUUGAGACUAAAGGUUGAAAAAAAGAGUUUCUGUUUAGUCUAAAACGUAAUCAGUGGAUGAUGCUAAUCCGUAGGGGGAAGAAAUACUGUAUGACGUCACUUGAUGUUACUCAGGAACCUGGUAUCAGAUUUUAAGGACCUUCCGCUUCUGCUCCCUAUUGAUCUAUGUCAAACUAGCCUACACAAUACUUCAUAAACAUGGCAUAACUCUUGUUUUAACCAUGCAUCUCCUUUUGGCAAACGACCCCUGUGGUGUCACAUAUAAGGACUUAGGCUUGCUAGUGUCAUCAGGAUUUCUAUGAACGGUUUUGGUAUAGAUUGUGUCAUGGUUAAGAUGGCCUUACAUGGGCUUUAGCUUUCAGAGUUCAUAAGUAACUAUGUGCCAUGUUGUAUUUACUGUAAGCUAUCACUCACUCAGUCACUGAGACACCAACCAGCUGAUCAUGUUGUCAGAGUAGCACUAGAUGUCCAACCAGCUGAUCAUGUUGUCAGAGUAGCACUAGAUGUCCAACCAGUUGAUCAUGUUGUCAGAGUAGCACUAGAUGUCCAACCAGCUGAUCAUAUUGUCAGAGUAGCACUAGAUGUCCAACCAGCUGAUCAUGUUGUCAGAGUAGCACUAGAUGUCCAACCAGCUGAUCAUGUUGUCAGAGUAGCACUAGAUGUCCAACCAGUUGAUCAUGUUGUCAGAGUAGCACUAGAUGUCCAACCAGCUGAUCAUGUUGUCAGAGUAGCACUAGAUGUCCAACCAGCUGAUCAUGUGGUCAGAGUAGCACUAGAUGUCCAACCAGCUGAUCACAUUGUCAGAGUAGCACUAGAUGUCCAACCAGCUGAUCAUGUGGUCAGAGUAGCACUAGAUGUCCAACCAGUUGAUCAUGUUGUCAGAAUAGCACUAGAUGUCCAACCAGCUGAUCAUAUUGUCAGAGUAGCACUAGAUGUCCAACCAGCUGAUCAUAUUGUCAGAGUAGCACUAGAUGUCCAACCAGCUGAUCAUGUUGUCAGAGUAGCACUAGAUGUCCAACCAGCUGAUCACAUUGUCAGAGUAGCACUAGAUGUCCAACCAGCUGAUCAUGUGGUCAGAGUAGCACUAGAUGUCCAACCAGUUGAUCAUGUUGUCAGAGUAGCACUAGAUGUCCAACCAGCUGAUCAUAUUGUCAGAGUAGCACUAGAUGUCCAAUUUUCAUCUGUUAGUGAUCCAACAUACACUACACAUGUUCCCUACCUAUGGUGUGUUAGGUUUGGGCUGGAUGGAUAAAGCCCACUGGAUAUUAAACGUCAUGCUAGGUAACCUCCCCACCUUCAAAUUGCCAGGACUUGAGCAAAAUGAGAUAUGACUAAAUAGCAAAUCACCCUGGCUUACAUAGCUUCGAGACGGUGGUCACAAAACAUUUUGUGAAAAUGUUCAAUGGCAAUACAAUAAAUUAAAUGAUUUAAAAUGCUAAACAAGUCUUACAAAGGCAUACUAUACAACGCUUUGAGAAACAAGGAGAAAAUACAUAAAGCCAUCCAACUCUAACAAACAACUUAGGGCCAGAUGUACUAGCUAAGCAGUUGCACUUUGCAUUUAAACUGCGUAGUGAAAAUAUCAAGUAAAGGUAAGAGAUGGAUUACAACUUUUGGCCUUUUGUUUGGAAAUAAUCCAUUUGAUCUGAAUUUCACUAAGCACUAAAUAGCUUAUACGUGUUUUUUUUAGUUUUUCACACAAUGACAGUUAAUUUCAUAGUAUAACAUACAGUGGAAAAGGAUUUCAUUUUUACCAGAAAUAACUUAUGAUUGGUCUGUAUGGAAACCCUUGCAUGCUUGCAGUAAAUAUACUCAUUACAUUGAACUCACACCUACUCUACGUGCAAAUGUAAACCACUUUCAUGUCUCAAAAGCUGUGAGGAAAUACCAGCUACAUGUUUUUCAUGUUAUGAUUUAUUUUGGUUAUGCCACAUAUGUUUUGUUGAUACAUUCAUUUAGUGGAGGUAAAAAUUAGUGGAGGUAAAAAAAAAAACAGCUGUUGAACUGAUUUCAAUGUGAAUUUUCUUGCCUCUUGUGUAUAUGUGUAAUUAUAUGUGAAUUGUACUGUAAAUAUGAUAUCUUUCACUGAAUAUUUCUUAAUGCAUGAACAAAACAGGGCAGUACGUAAUAGCAGCUAGCUUCACUGCUAAUGGCAUGGACAGCUUCUAUGGCAUUGGCAUACUUCUGCAAAGAAAACCUAAAAAAAAAUGUUAAGAAGAGAAGAUUAAGGUUUUGUUUUGCAUGACCUAAGUUUGGAAAGGUUUAUUUUCGUAUUUUUCUAUUUCACACUGUUCAUCAGCUCCAUUCUCACAGCCAGGAAAGGAAGGACCCAGUGUUUACAUGCUCUAGUUGCACUUGUUUUACAGCCAGCUCGACAAAACACUGUAAAACAAACUGUACAUUCAAUAAAACUGGAGAAAAACUGAAAAAUAGGAUGUACAUUAUAUGAUUCAUGGUCAACAUGAUUAAUAUGUACCUCUCAAUCAUAUUCACUUACUGUGUACCCGAAGCACAUACAAUUUGGAAUCAAUGCACCAAGUACAUACUGUAGUUUUAUCAGGUUUAGCUUUAGCACUAACAUCAAUCGCCCUUCAACUACAAAGGAUGUAAAGGAUGCUUACCAGUAGCAUCUGAACUUAAGCCAUGAGAUUGCAUGCUGAGUGGGUAUUCCCAGCCGUUUCUCUUAAAUGAGUUGCCUCUGGACUGGGGGGUUCUGGUGUGUUACUGAUUAUGAUGAUACUUGCAGGAGGCUGUGCUGAGUCCCAAUUAUACAUCAGUAUAGCUCCCUCUCAAUAAGUUUUUACCAGGGAAAACACUACUUGUAAAACAAAUAGCUAUGGGGAAAAUUCUGUAAAAAAUUUAAAAAAUUAAUAAAUUGAAAGGCCACCUGCCCAUAUCUAUUUUAAAGAUUUCAAUCAGUAUUUUAUAUUUAUUUUUAUUUCGAUUUUUUUUCUUCGUAAUUGGCUGUAUUUGUUGCGUUUUGUUAAGGAUUGUUAUUAUUACUGUUGUUUUCUCAUAAAAAGGACAUGUACUUACAACCUACCCUGGAAGUAAAAUGUAUUAAUUUUUUGCACUGUAAUUGUUGAGUUUACAUUGGGCGCUUUAUUUGAUUCAGUUAUCUAAUGAGGUGUUUUAUUUCAUUUGGGGGAUGAGUUGUACUCAUGGAAUCAACAUUUGUAUAGUAUGAAGUUGUAUUAACUUUUUUUUGUCAGUGCCAAUUAAUGUUAUAGUGUCAAUCAGCUUUUUUAGGUGUUUGAGCAAAAUGUGUUUUUUACAAAUACAAGGUGUUAAAGUAUGUGGUAUAAAAGGGUUAUCAUUCAAACAACGGACUUUUUACUAAUAAAGGCUUAUACAGUAAAGAAUGACAAUGUCUUUUUGUUUGCCCUUUGAGGACUAAUAUCUAUUGUUUAAUUAACAUUUUUCCUGAGUUCAUUUUAAUGUGUUAGUCCCCAAAAGGUAAAUAACAUACUCUGUUGCAAAAAAAAUCUAUUGAAAAACGAAAUAAGUUCUUUACCAUUGCAAUUCCAAGCUGUCGUGGGAGGUUUCACCUAUUUGUUGGUGUGUUGCUUUCUCAUAAGGGCUGUUGGGCUAUCAGCCAUGAGUACAAAAGAGAGAAAAGACAAGAGAGUGUCUUCUUGUUACAGAUUUUAAUUUGAUUACAACCAUGACGCAUUAAUGAGAGUAUACCUCCUUUCAUGCCCUAUUUCCUGAAUAAAGACACAAAGUGAUUCCUGCUGAGAA